GGAAGAGUGCUGGUGCUCUUGGAUCGCGGAGACAGGCAUGUGCCUAAGCUGAAGAAACCUGGACUCAUAUCCACAGAUGUAGCAAAAUGCUAAUCAGUGAAAGAGCCUAUUGUUGGCCACGAGGAAUUGGUCGAAGUAGAUCUGAAGGAAAUUUGAUUGACAUGGAAGCCUCGAAACUCUCAAAAAAUCAAAAUAUUACAGCACGGCAAGGGCUAGGCUUGCCUCACAACUGGCCAGAUGCUCCUACCCUCCAUGGUGAUAGUGAUGCCAAAGCUACAAAUCCAUUCUGGAAGGAACUGUCUGCCUCAAACCCAUUUCUGGAGGACAUCACACAGCUAAGAAAUAACAAAAAGAGAGAUAAUAUGUCUAUCUUGAAGGAAGAUCCUUUUCUUUUUUUAAGACAAAUAGAAACAGAAAAUUCUUUUGACUCCUCUGGUGAUGAACUUGACAUGGAUCAGGGGCUUAAGUCAUCUUCCUCAAGGAAGUCAGGAAGGUCUAAGAGUGUUUCUGAACUCCUGGAUGUUUUAGGUGAUAGGACACACACUCAUCAAAGUAUACAUAGCUCUGAUCAGAUCCUAAUACAAGACUUAGAAUGGCUACAAAAUGACCGAGAAGCAUAUAAAAUGGCUUGGCUAAGUCAACGUCAGUUGGCUCGCUCUUGCCUAGAUCUGAAUACAAUUAAUCAGAGUCCUGGGUGGGCUCAAACACAAAUUGCGGAGACCAUUGCAGUUUGUAAAUUAAAUCACCAAGGAGGGUCAGUCCAAUUACCUGACUCAGACAUCACUAUUCAUGUACCCCAAGGACAUAUAGCUGUGGGAGAAUUCCAGGAGGUAUCUCUGAGAGCAUUUCUGGAUCCUCCACCAAAGUUGAACCAUGAUCUCUCUUGUACUGUAAGUCCUCUCUUGGAAAUCAGAUUAAGCAAUCUGAAUACCAUGGAAGCUAUUUUGUUGGAGAUGAAAACUGGAACAGAAGUAAAAACAGAUCCUCUGAGCCAAGUCAUGACUAAAAUGGUGUGUUUGCACAGCCUGGACAGAGAAGGCCCUUUCCAAGCAUUAAACACCUGCUAUAUCUACAAAGAUACCAUCCAAGCUAAGCUUCUUGACCUGAGCCAUGUAAUGUAUAUAGUCAUAGCUGCACAAGCUACGAUCAUUCAGCCGCCAGCUGUUACUAUUUGGGAUUAUAUCCACAAAACCACCUCUAUUGGAAUUUAUGGACCUAAAUAUCUCCAUCCAAGCUUUACUACUGUUUUCACUGUUUGUGGACACAACUAUGUGCCAGGAAAGUUUACAGUCUCUGACAUUAGGAAGGGUGGAAAAAACACAUCUCCAGUCGUAUUUCACCUCUGGGGAAAACAUUCAUUUUCACUUGACAAGCCAAAAGAUUUAAUUAUCUCAGCUUUUUCGUGUGAUCCUGAUUUUGAAGUAAAGGAAGAGGGAGAAAGAAAAGUAAUUGCACAAAGGCAAUUGGAAGCAGGCGUGGUAGUUCAUCAACAAGUUUUCUUUUCUUCAAUUGAUCACAGAGAGAUGCACUUGUUUGUUUUCCGGGUUCAGGUAAAGCCCCCCAAUGGAAAACCAGUGACACAGUUCUUUGUCACUUCACCUGAUCCAUCCCCAAAUCUAAAAAGGUUCUCAUAUCUGCCAGGAUUUUUCCAGAAGAGAGAAGACAGGAGAGUGCCUUUAUUGUCAACAGGACUUGUUAAGUAUCCCACUUUCCAAGAUAAAAAAUUGAACUUUACCAAUUAUGGGGUUGCACUGAAGACAGUACUGAGGCAAAAUAAGAUUGACUAUUUGCUUGAAUAUUUAAAAGGAGACACAAUUGCCCUUCUUGGUGAAGGUACAGUAAGAGCCAUAGGACAGUCCAAAGUGAAAGAAUGGUACGUAGGAGUCCUCCGAGGUAAGAUCGGACUCGUGCAUUGUAAAAAUGUCAAAGUGAUUUCCCAAGAACAGGUGAUAUCAAUGUCUGAUGGCACUUUGACAACCAAGAAUCUUCUGGAACAAAUUGCCUUGCCAUUUAAAAGUCUGACUUAUAUAUAUUCUGUUGUAUUGACCUUGGUGUCAGAAAAAGUUCACGACUGGAAAGUUUUAGCUAAUGUCCUGGGUUACUCACAUCUGGCACAGGAAGAUUUUAAUAGAAUUCAAGCUGACAAGGAACCAGAAAGGGUUUCUUACGUUGUCAAGAAGUUAAAGGAAGAUUGCCAUGAAGACAGAAAUACCAGGAAGUUCCUUUAUGAACUGAUUGUGGCUCUGCUAAAAAUGGAUUGCCAAGAGUUAGUGGCACAUCUUAUCCAAGAGGCUGUUAUUCUGACUUCAGCUGUGAAACUUGGAAGAAGCUGGAGGGAACUUGCUGAGAAGUCUGCAGGACUCACUAAGCAUCAGAUGCAGGCGUAUGAAAUUCCUCACCGAGGAAAAUCUGGAGAUGUUUCAGCAGAGAUGAUGUGGAAACCUGCCUAUGAUUUUCUCUAUGCAUGGAGUUUUCACUAUGGAAAUAGCUACAGAGAUGUGUUACAAGAUCUUCAAUCAGCUUUGGACAGAAUGAAAAACCCUGUCACUAAACGGUGGAGAGAUUUAACUGGAACUUUAAUACUUAUAAAUUCUUUAGAGAUUCUGAGAGUGACUGCUUUCUCUACUUCUCAGGAAAUAUAGAAUGAAACAAAUUUAGGGAGCAAAGAGAAUGGUAAGGGGGAAAGGGGUAUAUGUGAGAGGGGGAAGGGAGAAGGAGAGGGAGAGAGAAAUAAAGGAGGAUGAACUCAAAGAUGCCUUACAUUUGGAAAAUUAAAUGCAGAAAUCAAAGGUAGAAGACUACCCAUGAGGCUAGCGUAAAGUCAGUUUACUGCCUUAAAAAAAUCCGGUUUUAAUUUUUGAAAAACCAUACCACAUAGCAGGGCAGUAAAGAAGACAAAUAAUAAAAAUGCAUACUGAGAAACAAAACAUGUUCCUCUCUUUGAGCAUCUCUUAAGUAAUUUCCAGAAGGAAAAUAUAACACCAUCAUAAAAAAAUGUCUUCAAACAUGCACUAAGAAUUUUUGUCAUCUAUCUUCUGCAUCUUGGGACUAUAUCUAAUUGGAAGUUUUCUCCCAUGAUCAGAAUGCAAAAUAAUCCUUUAUCCAUCAGGCUAUUUAAUACUGUUAUUACAAACAAUUACUAUCACCAAAACACUCAGUCCUAAGAUACUGACAUCUUUGUGUAUGUGCUCACAUGAAGACAUGCUCUGUGUGUAUGUGUGAACAUAUCCCAAAGUACAUUACAAAACUUGUGGAAAACAAGGCUAAUGUGAGACCAUGAAUCAGUAUAGAUAAAUGUUAAUGAUUGGCAGAGUUGACAAAAAAAUGGUCUCUGUUCAAUCAUUGCAUGGCUGCCAAUGUCUUUGUAUUUGAGCCUUCCUUUACUUAUUGUAGUUUUCUUAAAGGAUAGUGAAUCUAGUGAUAGGCAUACAGUUACUUGAUAUAAGAUAUUAUGAUGAAGAAUGCAUGAUUUCUGGCUUCAGUGCUAUUAAUAAUAAGGAUGGGCAAUAAAAAGAUAACACCGUUAUAUGUAAAAAGUGGCAUCUACAAUGACAGCUGCUAUGGAGAAGCUGUGAGGCUGGAGUAGAGGAUAUCAUAUGAAUGGGGAAGAGAGUGGAUUCAACAGAAUUCUGAGAAGCAAAGCCUGUAGAGGCUCAUGUAUUGAUGUUGGCAGGGUAGGAAGGAUGGGAGCUAGAAAUAAUUGGAUCCUUCAGAUAGUGGACAGACACCUCGGGGUUGAAGGAGAUGGAGGGACAGGGGUAAGACAAAGGUACACAGGUAAAAGGACAAGGCUGAAGUUAAUUGGAAAGGAGGCAACAGUCAGAUCACUAAAACCUUUAGCACUUAGGAAGGAAAGAUACACCUCAAAGGUAACUUGGAUAAGCUGAAUAAAGUGUUUUUUGUGAAUUUCUGAAUAAAA